CAACAAAGAAUGUGGUCAUGUGAUUUCAAGUACACACAGAUGAAAAUAAGAAACAACAACUCACAUACAUCACCAACAUCCAGCAGACCGGAGCUAUGUUUGCCUUCUAGAACUCCACGAUGCAUCAUCCACUCGUCCAGCUCAGUGAUGGACUGGCUCACAGUGGUUGCAGAAGGCUUUUAUACACCAUGAUCGUCUUCCUUCUCCUUCUACAGUCCGGUGACGGUGCUGACUUCACGCCCAUCAUAGACAUCAGAUCAUAUUACAACGGAAGUGUGGUGUUACAGUGUGAGUCUGCAGGCUGGCAUCCAGAGCCUGAGGUGUUGUGGCUGGACGGUGAGGGAAAGCUCCUCUCUGCUGGACCUACAGAGACAGUCAGAGGUCCUGAUGACCUCUAUACUGUCAGCAGCAGAGUGACUGUGGAGAAGAGACACAGCAACAGCUUCACCUGUAGAGUCCAACAGAGGAGCAUCAACCAGACCACAGAGACACACAUCCAGGUUCCAGAUGAUUACUUCAUGGAUCUGCUCUCUUCUAGCUGGAUUUGGAGCAACACACUUGCUAUUAUUGCUGUCGUACUGUCAGUUAUUUUCAUACUAUUAUGUCAGUGGAGAUAGAACUAUGAUACGUUAAUAUUAUCUGAUCUAUAAAUAUCUAUGUAACAUUGUAUUAUCUAGCAGACUCUUUCAUAUAGUUUCUGUUUGAGUAUUAAAGAAAACGACUUAUUGCUAACAUGAACAAACUGAUAAAACAGAGAUGGACUCCAUGUGGUCGUGCAGGAUGAAAUACGUCACUGGUGGAGCCACAUUGGUGUCUUUCUCUGGUUUCCCAGUUCCCAGGUGAUAUAAUGAAGGUUACAUUAACUUAAGCUCUUCCAGCUCAGGAUUCUAUGUACUGUGUGUUCAAGACUGAGGUGAGAGCGGAUCAUGCAAUGUCCAGUAAGUCCCGCCCCUGUCAUGAACUCUUUGGGAGCGUUCUGAAUUGCAUACCUGUUGUUUUUACCCUUCGUAGGUGCUGUAUGUUCUGUUGCAUGCAGGAUACAUACAGUCAGGCCAUACUACUGUCUCAUAAUAUUACACCCUGAACCUUGACCUUCUUGCUCAUAUAUCCAUUACCUUGAACAACCUGGGGAGCUCUGCUGUUGUAACUCUGUGACGUAUGAAGUUUAACUCAUAACUGCAUACAUUGUAGAUUCUGACAUUAUGUUCACAACAGUAAAAUUCAAUUUGCAUUUCCCUACCAGUGCUGUUUACAAUUAAUACUGCUGUUAUUACAAUUUGACUGGGCAUCAGUUAGUAGAACAUGUUGGUAUUUCUGGCAUACUGCAUUUGACAUGCUAUAUUUUGGGACAAACCAAAUCUUUUUCUGGCAUACUAAAUAGUAUGGCAGUAUGGGUAAAAACAAACAAACACAGGAGCUAAAUGUUGAGAGCAAAGCAGAAAUGAGAUGUCGAAAACCAUGUUGAUCAGUUUGUGAGUGCCCUCCAGGACGCUCAUUAACUUUCUUAAUGAAAAACAACAUAACUGUCAUUGUCAUGUUACUGUGACUGAAAUGCUCCAUAAAGCUAAACUGCAGAGUCAGGUAAGUAUUUCCUGUGGGCUCGUCACCAUGAGCAACCUCUUUCAUCUAAAAUUAAACAUUUAAUCCAUUGUUAAUUAAAGAAUAUGUUGAUACAGCAGCUUUAAACUACCAAUUUAUUGACAGUAAGUCAAGUGUUUUUACUGUUUUAAAUCUGUACAUGACUCGUAUUACAGGUUUAAACCGCUGGUGGAAUUUGUUUGUUCUC